AUGGUGCCACACAAUACCCCCGUUAUCAUUGGCGUAGGCGAUAUCAAGAAUCGCUCUACAGCUGUGUCCGAUGCCAAGGAACCCGCAAUAUUAAUGCUCGAAGCUAUACAAGCCGCCAUCUCCGAUGCGAGUCCUAAUUCUGUCUCAGAUCUGCAAGCUGCAAUCGAUAGUAUCGAUGUAGUCAAAACAUGGACGUGGCCAUAUCCGGACUUACCGGGUCUAUUAGCAGCGAAACUAGGCGUGCAAGCGGGUCUGAAAUGGAAACGAUAUUCCGAUCAUGGAGGUGAUAAGCCCGGAAAAUUGCUAGAUGAGGCCGCGAGAAGGAUUGCGAAAGGCGAAUGUGAGGUUGCGGUUGUGACGGGAGGAGAGGCGUUGGCUUCCUUAUCUGCAUGUGCAGCAGCCAAAAGACUGCCUCCACCAGGCUGGACGCCUCCUUCUUCAGCCGUAGAUUCAGUCUUCUCACCCACCGGUCGGGAUCUAGGAAACAAUCUUGGCGCGAUACAUAAGAUUGGUGCUCCGAUACACGUUUAUCCUUUGUACGAAAAUGGGUUCCGUGCCCAUCGUGGCCAGUCGCUCCAGGCGAACCAUGCAGAGAGUGCAAGACUGUAUGCUGAGUUUGCUCGUGUAGCAGAAAAGAACGAGAUAGCAUGGGGAUACGGCCGGAAAACGAGCGAAGAUGAGAUUGCAAGAGUUGGGGGAAAGAACAGAAUGAUUUGCUACCCUUACCCUCUGCUCAUGAAUGCCUUCAACACCGUCAACCUCGCCGCUGCCGUUCUCAUUACUUCUAUUUCUCAUGCUGCCCGUAUUGGAGUACCCCCCUCAAAAUGGAUUUACCCCCUUGGUGGUGCAGGAACCCGCGACGCAGAUGAGUUCUGGCAACGGCCCAAUUUCUACUCGUCACCAAGCAUCUCACGUUCCAUCGACGCCAGCCUACGCGUCUCCGGUACAGCGAAAGAAGAUAUCGAUCUAUUCGAUAUAUACUCUUGUUUUCCGAUUGUGCCCAAGCUCGCAGCCCAGCAUCUCGGAUUGCCGCUUACAGGAGGCAAAACUCCAUUGACCGUGCUGGGCGGGUUGACGUCGUUUGGUGGAGCGGGAAACAAUUAUUCGAUGCAUGCGUUUACGGAAAUCACGAGGCAGCUGAGGGACGGAAAGGGUAAAAAGGCAAUGGUACUGUGUAACGGAGGUGUGCUGAGCUAUCAGUACGUUGUCAUCCUGGGAAAGAAUCCUCGGGAAGAUGGCCAGUAUCCAACGGAAAGCCCGCUGCCGGAGACGAUCACGGAUGUUUCUGUACCAGAGAUUGCGGCGGAUGCCCAAGGAGAGGCAGUUGUAGAGACAUACACUGUCGAGUUUGGUCGUGAUGGAAGUCCACUGAGGGGUUAUGUUGUGGGAAGGUUGAAGAGCAAUAACAAGCGUUUCUUAGCGAACCAUGGCGAUGAGAGUACACUCAGGCACAUGGCUAGUGGUGUUGGAGAGAUUGUGGGCAAGAGCGGGUGGGUGUGGCAAGAUACAGUGAAGAAAGGACGGUCACUGUUUGCAUUCGAGAAACCCGCAAAGCUGUAA